AUGUCCGCCCCCGAGAAGAACGAGGCUGAAACGCCCCUUGCCCAAUUCACGGCCCGCCUAGCCGACAUCAAGAAGUCAUCAGGCCAUACCGAGAUGUGGGGGGUCGAGCUCUCUGACGACGCCUCCCACGCACCGACUCAGGUCAUCCUCCAGAAGUUCCUGCGAGCCAACAAUGGCGACCUGGCGGGCGCCGAGAAGCAGCUGACCGACGCCCUCACCUGGAGAAAAGAGGUGAACCCGGCAUCUCUGGUGACUCAGACUUUCGACAAGAAGAAGUUCCACAACCUCGGAUUCGUUUCCAACUUUACAGACGACACUGGCAAGAAGGUCAUCAUUACCUGGCACGUUUAUGGCGCCAUCAAGGACAACAACUCUACUUUUGGCGACGUCGAUGAGUUCAUUAGAUGGCGUGCAGCGCUCAUGGAGUUGGGCGUGCAGCAGCUCAAUCUCAAUGAUAUCAAGGAGCCCCUCCCAGAGGACGGCACCGACCCGUAUCAGUUGAUCCAGGUGCACGACUACAAGUCAGUCAGCUUCUUCCGCAUGGACCCUGUCGUCAAGGCUGCCACCCAAAAGACCAUUGCCGUCUUCGCCACGGGCUACCCAGAGCUGCUCUACCACAAGUACUUUGUCAACGUUCCCGCCAUCAUGGGUUGGAUGUUUGCCGCCAUGAAGUUUGUCCUCUCGGCUGCCACUUUGAAGAAGAUGCACCCCAUGGCCUCUGGCACUUCAUUGGUCAAUGAGCUCCCAGCCCUCGCCACUUCUCUGGCUCCAGAGUACGGAGGCACCGGCCGUCCUGUCCAAGAAUCAUUGACACUGACGACGGCUGAUGUUCCCGAGGAGGCCAAGGAGGGAGAUGCUUCUGCUGAGGCGGAGAGCAAGCCUGAGGGAGACCAGCAGGAGGCUUAG